GCGGGGCCUGUCGACCUCCUCCUGUCCGGGGGGGAGGCGUGCCCACCUCAGUGCCUGAUCCCACCCCGACCCCCUGAGCCAAACUCCACAUUCAACUCCCCUCCUGACUGCGUGCAGCCCCUCCGCACCGGCUGCGAUGUCCGUCCCGCAGAUGAACGGCGUGGACCCAGGAGAUGAAGACCCGGACCACCUGUCCGAGACGGAGCUCGAGCUCGGGCUCGUGCACGCGCGAGACCGGCGGCGCGCCAAGUCCCUUCCAGCGUACCCGGAGCAGGCGAGCGUCCUGCUGCGCGCGCUUUCGCACGGCUGCAGCAAGCGCGUGCGUUUUGCGGACGCGCUCGGCCUGAACCUGGCGAGCGUGAAGCACUUCAGCGCCGCGGAGGAGCCGCGCGUGCCCCUGCACCUGUGCGGGCUGCCGCUCGCACCUGCGCUCGCGCCAUCCGCCGCGCUCAGGGCGCACGAGGACGACGGCCAGCUGGAGGAGCGCGUACAGCGCUGCGGGCUCGCGCUCGAGAGGCUCACCGUUGGCUGCGGGCGCGUUCACGGAACCAUACGCGUGUCCGCGCACGCGGGAGCGCGUGCCACGGAGGUGGGCGUGAGGUACACGCUGGACGAGUGGCAGUCGUACGUGGACGCGCGCGCGGAGCCCGUGUCCGUGCCGGCGGCUGCUGCUGCGCUCGCGCCCGAUGGAAAGAUGUGUACGAGGUUCUCCAGGUUCUCAUUCACCGUGUGCGCGCCCCCGCGUCCCGAGUCCAACGCCGCCGUGCACUUCGCCCUGUACGUGAGAGGAGAAGGAGGAGAACUGUGGGACAACAACGAGGGACAGAACUACACACUGAGAGCAGAGCAGCUAAACAGCGUGUGAAACACUGUGAAAAGACCCCCAGGACUAGAGGACGCUUUAAAAGGGGGCUUCUCUGCACUGCAGGUUUAGUUGGGACAGUGCUGUAAGAGACUGGAAGCUUGUGGUGAAGAUCUGGACAGUUUUGGUCACACCUGAAGGAGUUUGUAAUAAAAAGUACACUUAUACAGUU